AUGUCUGCGUCACCCGAACAUCAGGCCGAUGGGGGCGAGAAGUCUGCGGAGCCUGUCGCUGAUGGCGAGAAUAAGGAAGAUGGUGGUGAAGAGCGAGACGAUGAUGAUAACGAAGGUGACAUCUCGGACGACGAGUCGAUCCUAUCCGAGGUCGAUGAGGCGCAAUUCGAAAACUUUGACCCGGAGAACGUUGACGUCGAGGAUCGUCCCCAGCUGGCGAUUGACGAGGAGAACCUGAAGCUGAUCGGCCGCCACAAGCGGAAGCGCAACGAUGAUGGCGAGGGCCGCUCGCGCCGCAAGGAGGGACGUCGUGAGAAGAAGAGCCGCCGCGCGCGCGAUGAGGAGGAAGGCGAGGAAGGAUCUUCUCGCCGUAAAGAGCGCAAGAAGAAGGAGGCAUCGCCUGAUACAGAUGAAGAAACACUGGAUCCUGAGACUCGUACGUACCCUAUUACCGAGAGAAUUGAUGGUAUCGGGUUGAAGCUAACGGAGUAUGAUGUUCUAGGCCGUCGGCGUGCACUCGAUCGUGCUAUGGACGAGGCAAUCCGAAAGCCCCUGAAGAGGCGAUUCCGCAAGCAGGAUGGCAUUGAUCUUGAGGCUAUGGCCGACGCUGAAAUUGAGGAUAUGCGAAAGCGCAUGACCCAUGCCGCGCAGAUGGACGCGAUCAACCGCCAUGAGGGCAAGCCUGCGAUGCACAAGCUCAAGCUCCUCCCCGAGGUGAUCAUGCUCCUCAACCGCAACCAGUACAUCAACAGCUUGGUCGACCCCGAGAUUAAUUUACUCGAGGCCGUUCGAUUCUUCCUUGAACCCUUAAACGAUGGCUCCAUGCCUGCUUAUAAUAUCCAGCGCGACUUGUUGACCGCCUUGACCAAGUUGCCGAUUCAAAAAGAUGCCCUGAUUGCCAGCGGCAUUGGCAAGGUUGUUGUCUUUUAUACCAAGAGCAAGCGCACCGAGCGGCGCAUCAAGGAGAUGGCCGAGAAGCUGCUGGCCGAGUGGACCCGGCCCAUUCUUCAGCGCAGCGACGAUUAUUCGAAGCGCGUUUUCCAGCAAGCUGACUUUGAUCCUACCAAAAUCACCAAGCGCACCCAGACCGCGGCCGAAGUUGUGGCUGCAGAAGCUCGCGCGCGCGAGAUGCUCCCUCCUCGCCUCGCUAACCGUGCCCGUGUCGAUCGCACCAAUGUCACCUAUACCGUGGUGCCGCGACAGACGGCAGUGCAGGAGAGCAAGUUUGCGCGACCGUUGGGUGCCAGUGGCGAGGACCGAUUCCGCAAGAUGCAGGCCCGGAACAAUGCGGCGCAGAAAGGGUCUCGUCGCUAA